AUGCAGUUGAGGACCGAUUUGUGCAGCUCACAAGCGGCUCAAGAGGAGCUUGAACGCGAAUCACAACAGUUGAUGCUUCAGGUUCAUAGUCUGCAGUGUCAAGUGCAUUCGAAAACAGCACCGCAUGAAUCGGAUAUGAUCAAGAAGAAAUUAGUGAGUUUAUUUCGCGUUUUGUUUGCUGAACGAAAUAGUGAUCAAGUGGUCGUAAUAUUGGUGGAAAAUGCAAUGGAAGUUGAGAAAAUCGCAUUCCAGGAACAAGAAAUAGCACAGUUUCGAUCGGAAAUCCGUCCUCCAGCAAAACUUCAAGCUGAGGUCGAACUGUUGAGGAAGGAAAAUGAACGAUACAGACAAAUGAUGUUGUCGAUGCAAAGUGAAGUGUAUGGUGCGAGACUGGCGGCCAAAUACCUUGAUAAGGAAUUGGCUGGCAGGUAUACGUUACUUCGUGUCUGUCUCUGA